UCCAUUUCAGAAUUACAGCUUGUGCUAUCUUGUACAAUAAAGAAGCUCGAUUCAUAAACUGGAACUUUUUGGAAUGGCUUUACUCCUAGUAAUAGCUGCAGUGACAGCUUUCCUAUUUGCAUUUGUGGACGUCUGGUACUUCAUUCGUUUCUUUGCCAUGUUCAUAGCUGGCAAGAUGAACCGUCGCCAGCACCAGAAAAUAACCCAGAAAGAUCUACUGAAGGACCACGUAUCCUCAUCAGUAGUUCUCCCCUCUGAUAUUGAUGCCUUCCUCCACAUGAACAAUGCUAAGUACUUGAGAGAAUACGACAUAGCAAGAGUCAAAAUGGCAGGAGAGCUAGGAUUCCUCGAUGCAGUUUCAAGCAAGAAAGGAGCCUUUCUCGUAGCGGCAGCAACAAGCAUACGCUACCGUCGCUCAAUGAAACUGUUCCAGCGUUUCAGUGUUCAAAGCAGACUGGUCUACUGGGAGAAAGACUCGUUUUACUUGGAGCAAAGGACAGUGACACCAGACGGAUUCACCACCUCCAUAUUGAUGACAAAAUAUGCAGUGAGAGGAAUAGAAAUGAAGGAUGUGCUAGCUCACAGCCUCUCCUCUUCUACUGCCCUUCCAACUCCACCUGAGGUCAGCCCAGAGCUAUCAUCAUGGAUGGAGAGUCUACGUCACUCAAGCAACACUCUACGGACUGCAACCAGUGACAAGAAGACACCUGAGGUAACACCAACACCUUUAAUCAAGAGGAGCGGCAGUGGUAGAGAGCUUGGACUAACAUCAUUACCAAGAUAAAGAUGAUUAUUAUAAAUCAAACUUUUCAAACAUUAUCAGUUUUAUCACUAAUCACUAUGCACAAGAGUGCUAUGCAUAAUUGUUGUAGAUACUAUUUAUUAUUAGAAGUUGUUGUUUGUUUAAUGUUAUAUAAACAAUUAUUUUACGUCAAA